AAUACUAACCCCGAUUAAGUUCAUGUCAACGGUUUAAUUGAGCCAACAUGGCGCCCGAACUGUAGAGUUUCAUGUCGGUUUUUCUUGCUGCUGCGGGCGGCUAGACGAGCAUUACCACAGGUUUCCAAGCUUGGACAAGGUAGUGAAGGGAUCCAAAGGAUGGCGCGGGUGGUGUUCCUCCAUCCGGACCUGGGUAUUGGUGGAGCAGAGCGACUGGUGGUUGAUGCUGCUGUUGCUCUGAAGUCUCGGGGAUGUAGCGUUCAGAUCUGGACAGCCCAUUAUGAUCCAACACACUGCUUCUCUGAGACCCUGGACCCAGAUCUGCCCGUGGUAUGUGUGGGGGACUGGCUUCCCACUAGCGUGUUUGGCUACCUGCAUGCCUUGUGUGCCUACCUGAGGAUGAUCUAUGUGGCUCUCUACCUGGUCUUCCUUAGCGGGGUGGAGUAUGAUGUUAUCUUCUGUGAUCAGGUGUCGGUGUGUAUCCCGGUGCUGCGGCUGUCCCGUCACAGGAAGAAGGUUCUGUUUUACUGUCACUUCCCAGAUCAGCUGCUGACCCAGAGAAAGUCGGCUCUGAAGAAGCUUUACCGCGCUCCCAUCGACUGGCUGGAGGAACGCACCACAGGCAUGGCUGACAUGAUUCUGGUAAACAGUCAGUUCACUGCAGGCAUCUUCAGGGAGACCUUUCAAAGUCUAAGCACAGUCCAGACAGACGUCCUCUAUCCCUCUCUCAACACAUGUACCUUUGACCAGCCGUCUACUGAAUCACAAGGUCUGGAGGGGCUGCUCCCCGAGGGGACCUCCUGCCUGUUUCUCUCUCUGAACCGAUAUGAGAGAAAGAAGAAUCUGGGCCUGGCCCUGGAGGCUCUGGCAGCCCUGAGGAGCGGCCUUCCUCCAGGCCAGAGAGCAGGUAUUCACCUGGUGGUGGCGGGGGGCUACGAUGACCGAGUCACUGAGAAUGUUCAACAUUACGCUGAACUGAAAGAGCUGGCAGCACAGCUCCACUUGGAGGACUGUGUCAUUUUCCUGCGCUCCCCCUCCGAUGCACUGAAGGUGGCGCUGCUGCGGGGCAGCGCCGCCGUGCUCUACACCCCGAGCAGAGAGCAUUUUGGGAUAGUUCCCGUGGAGGCCAUGUACUGCUGCUGCCCUGUUAUCGCUGUGAACUCUGGGGGACCCCUGGAGAGCGUGGCAGACGGGGAAACGGGUUUCCUGUGUGAGCCCACGGCCGAGGCCUUCUCUAAGGCCAUGGAGAGGCUCGUCAGGGAGCCACAGCUCCGCAGGGACAUGGGACAAGCUGGGAGGAGGAGGGUACAAGAUAAGUUCUCUCUUCAGGCCUUCUCAGACCAGCUGUAUGGGUACAUCAUCAGGCUGAGCCAGUGAUGUGAAGACUGGAGGAGAGGCAAGAGAAAACCAGUGGAACUGUGGAAAAAUGAUCCUCUACUGAACUGUGAAACUGACUGUGUGCGACUGGGGUCUGUAGAGAGUUGAAGUGGAUGUGUUCUAACAGAGAAUGUAUGUGUAUAUGAGUAGGGAGGUGUGUGUGUGUGUGUGUGUGUGUGUGUGUGUGGGGCGGGGGGUGGGGGCAUAUUAUGAGGACUUGGAGGACAAUUAAUCAGCAUUCCCUUGGAGGGGUUGCUGAGAGGAAAAAAGGAUGGAAUCUCUAUACUAAUUAAGAAAAGAGUAACGAGUUUACCUACCCCGUCUCUGGAAAAAUACCACCCCUGCAAGUGUGUACGUGUGUGUGUCAUUGUACAUGUGUAGCAGUGCAGCAACCAAGAGCCUAGCAAAUGAGCGUACCAAAAGGAUUGAUUGUUAGCGUGAGAUGUUUUGCACUGUGUUUGUUUGUUGGUUUUUUUCCCCCCCUUGCUUUUCUACAGUAGGCUUUGUCUUUGUGUGUUUGGGGGGGGGGAUGAAGAAAAAGAAUGCAGUUACAACCAUGCGCCAUCAGGCAGCACACAGCCCCAGAUCGAUAAACAGGAUGCUUUCCACUACUUCCUGUCCACCCAGAGCUUUGUUCCCCCUCCUUCACAUUCACAAGACGCUGGCCUGUCCAUGACUCUUGCUGCUGCGUGGAGGUUAUUAGAAAAUGACAGAGAGUGUUUGGCUUUAUUAGAGGUCUGGCUGAUGGGCAGUGUGCCUGUGUCUGGGUCAUUAUCAACAAGGAGAAUAGCAGAAGGUCAUUGUGUCUGCGCGCUGGCCUCCUCAGCCCUCCUACUGUAUAGAAAUGCUCUUAUUGACAUUCCUGAAGUCUUAAUAAACAAGAGGACAAAUA